GCGGCGCCUUAGUACCUGGUUUGAGAGUAAACAGUCCGCAGCGCAGGCGCAGGAUUAUAUAUGAUAUAUAUAUAUUUUAUAGCUGAGUUUUCUAAUCUACAGCAUGUCUCGAGCGCAGGCUGAAAGCGUUAUUAAAAAUAUAAUCCGUGAAAUAGCACAGCAAUGCUGCAGGCAGGGCCAGGCUGUGUCUGAAACCCUCACUGCCUUCAUGGUAAAAGCUGUCGUUUUAGACCCGAGGAACCUCUUUAACGUUGACCGGACACUGACCAAGCAGGAUGUGGAGAAACUGAUCGAGCUGUGCGUAAACAGAUUGUUGGAUCAGAAGAGUCCCGCUUUGGACACCAUUAAAAUGCAGGUUCACUUUGAUAUGAACUAUACGUCUCGACGUGAGUUUGUGGAGGAGCAUCGGAAGGUGGUGCAGAUGCGUCUCAUGCCCGUGUGCCGGGAAAUCACGGACAGCAGAGCCAAGAGCCGAGACGAGCUGGACACUCUUUACUGCAGGAUGGUCUCCUACGUGGUUUUACGCUCCGGCCUCGGCUCGGCCUCCGACGUCAACAACAUGCAAGAAGCCACAGCCGCCCUGCAGAGUGUUUUCCCCCCGUCGGAGCUGUCCGCCUUCAUGUCUCUGCUCAGACGUGAUAAAGAACAGCAGCUGAACGAGCUCACCGCAAUCGUCACCGGGAUUCGCCUCUUCAACAAGGACAGCGGGAACGGAGGAGAGAGCGUCGAGGACUUGCCGUCCAUCCUGAACCAGGCUCUACCAGCUGCCAGCGCAGAUAUAGAACGUGAGCUGGAAGAGACGCGGCGAUUCGCCUGGCGCUACACCGCUCUGCUGGAGAACCCGAGCUACGCCGAUGCCGAGCGAAACACGGAGCUGCUCACGCAGGCUCUGUACAACGUACGCCAACACGAAGCCUUCCUCAAAAUCAUACUGGUGGAUGUGAUCACAUGCGCAAAGCAAGUGGAGUCUCUUCAGACUGACCUCAUAUCGAGGAUGAAGGUGCUGAAGGCAACAGUUCACGCCAAAACGGCCGUACCGACCUCCCAAGUGUUCCCUCAUUUCACGGCGUUGGCCAGGCUGUGGGAGGGGCUUCAGGAUGAGAUGCUCCUGUUGAACACGUUCAGGAAUGUGAUGUUGAGCCUGAGGCCGUUCCUGUCAGCUCAGUCCCAGCUGCUGCAGAACUUCCAGCUGGAUCAGAUGCUCCAGGAUGAGACGGUCAGAUCUGACGCAGAGAGAGCCGCUGAGAGCUCAGAGGAACGGGUCGAUCCAGCGGAGAUGAAGUCGUACGAGUGGAUUCUGCCCGAGACCACGGCUAACUUUGAGCAGCUCCUCCUGCAGUACAGGGGUGUGUGUGGAUGCACUCUUGUUGAGAAGAAUGGCCUCCUGCUGCCAGGCAAUCCGAACAUCGGCGUCCUGAAGCACAGGGAGAAAUACUACAGCUUCAGCUCCAAGCAGGCCGCGUAUCGGUUUGCCGAGAAGGCAGACGAGUAUAUCGAGCUGAUAGCGGAAAGAGCGAAGAGAUCUCCGGAGCUGAUCCAGCUUCUCGAGCUUCAUCAGCAGUUUUCCAGUGUCACUCCGUACUCCCAGGUGACGAGCGUGUCUUCCCAGAUGCAGUCAGGUGAGACACUGUUGGUGAAACCCAUCAGCAAGAGUGAGAGCAGCACACAGACGGACACACACCUGCUAGAGAGCAACAUCGUAAAAUCUUACGAGUGGAACGAGUGGGAGCUGAGACGAAAAGCCAUCAAACUGGCAAACCUGCGCAGUAAAGCAACCCGCUCGAUGCAGACCGACCUGAGCCACAUGAGGAGACAUAACAACACCCAGACGUUCCCACCAAGAAAUGCCGCCUGUCAGACAAAGAGAGACGGCCAGAGUAACGUCCCGAAACCUCAAGUCUACCUGGCUGGGCUGAGAGGAAGAGCAAGUCCAACCACUCACAUGACCAAAAUCGAUUUAACUCCAGACGUGCAUGAAUAGUCUGCGCCUUACUUACUUGUGCCUUACAGUUAAACCUAGUAUCGUAUGUAUCUAUUGUAUGUUGAAAUCUGAAUUCUGAUUGGUCAGAGAGUGUUGAUUCAUUUUCUAUAACAGUAUCUCUGACAGCAGCGCAGAUUUAUAUGAAUGCGCUCGUUCUGAUACAUUUCUAUAGUAACAGCUCGUUCACAGGGUCUCGUACGAUGGACUUUAAGAGGGGGAACAAAGGAGCUUGGUGAAGGAACGACUGUUAAUGUAUCUAAAUGUAACUAUAAACGGAUAAAAAGUAUGACGUGUUGUCCAUAAAUAAACUGAAAAUAAGAGGAAUAAAACA